AGCUACCAUUUUAACUCGAAGAACAUUAGCAGCCGUAGGCAUAGUCCAUAGACGGGGACAUCUAAAAUUGACACGGGGCGGAAAAUAUUUGACCGAAGAAAAAUAAUGAAAAUACGACAAACACUCAAGAAAGGGCUAAUUUUGGUAAAUUCGAAGACUUAACGAUUCAAGCAUCGAAACUACCGCUUCAAACAAGGGACAUAUGUGAAUUAGCAGGCCAACCCAGCGGAAGUUUUUGUUAACGAGUCGAAAACAGCCCUCCUGGGCCGAUGGAGAGGCAGGCCUUUGAAAAUAUUUGCCCCUGGAUGAAGAAAAAUGGCUAUCUGACAUAAAUAAGUUUUCACGGCAUACCCCGCGCCAUUUUUAUCCUAUGUUUUUUUUCUUUUACCGUUUUGACAGGCGAUUUUAAUGGUAAUUAUAAGGUUAGCUAGCUAAAAAAAAAGACAGCUAUCAAGCUAUCUGUUAGCUUGGUAGCUAGGUUAGCUUAGCAUCGGCUACCUAUGCAACCAGGUUUUCAAACGACAUUUACAUUUAUUAGCUAACAACGAAAUGAUUGAAAGACUCCUUUAUUCAGAUCCAAUUUAAUUUGUAUUGCUGCUUUGGUUGACAACUAUACUCAACCACCUAUAAAAACAAAGUAAUGUUAGCCUGCUAACGUUAGUUAGCUAAUGACGAAUGCCGCGCUGCUAAUUUUGGAAUUUUGCCACCACCUGCAAUUUUGGUGGGUUUUCAAGUUAGUCUAGCUAACUUAGCUACCCACCAGAAGAUCAAUGGAAGCAGACCCAUUCGUUUCUACUUGUAAACACGUUUUGGUCUUCAAUCAAGCAGAAAGUGCUACACCAGUCUCCAGCCCAUAUACAUCCCACCAAACCUGUUGUCUUCAAGAGUGUGGCAUCAACGGGCAGACAAAGCAGUGGAACGCCUGUUCAUCCUCCUCCACCCCAGCUGGAUGCUGACAGCUUCACAUUUUUGGUGAAAAACAAAAGACUACCACUGUACAAGAAGGACUCUACAAACACUACAUAGACUGCAUACUAUUUAUACGUUGUAUUUCAAAUUAGGAACAGCAUUUAUUUAAAAGGACCUUUACCUGCUCUUCUUGGUUUAAAGUGCAAGCACUAGGCAUUCAUCUGUAUAAGAGGGGAUAAGGGAUAGACAUUGGUAGAGGUGAGAGUCAUUCUAAGUUGUUCAAGAAGCAUUACUUCCAGUAGCUGUGGCUAUUGAUGAUUAUUGGUGCGAUAUUGUUGUACUUCAACAGUAGGGCGAGUGACCCAGGAAAAACCUCCCAUUAGUGAGUGGGAGAUGUUCCAGUUCAGUAAGUACCCCUUGGACAUUCUAGAUAUGCUAAGUGGACACCAAGCCCACCAGUUUAAAGGCCUUGGAUUGGAAAGACAGUUGCAGCACCAACAGCAAGUCCAACUUCAGCAUCAGCAGCAGCUUCAGCAGCAGCACCAACAGCAGGGGGAGUCGUCAGGGGCUCUUCUAUCUGGGCUUGGUCUGGGGUCUCUUCAGGGGUCUAGAAGUAAUGCUUUUGCUGAUUCUUCAUCAAUAUUUGCCAAAAUGAGUGCCCCACCUCCACCAAUAUCACACCAGAGCCAGUCCUCAUCCUCGCAUAGUUCACGGAAAUCCAGUAAGAUGAGUAGUAGUGGGAGUUCUGCUGCAGGAUACCCACAAUUCUUACGUCCGUUUCACCCUGCAGAAGCAGCUCUAGCCCAAGAGCAGCUACACUCGGGAAUGGGACGUUUUGACUUUGGUGGUAGUAGUAGUGGAGGGUCUGGUGUUAUUGGAGGAGUGGUAACAUCGGCUCCCCCACCGCCACCUUUACACCCUGGCCUCUCUGUUCCCCAAGCCUCACCUGGACCAUCCUCCUCGCCCUCCCCGUCAUCUUCAUCGUCCACCAGUAACAACCCUGGCAGUGCAGUGUCCUCCCUAGGGCAACCACUCGUUGGGCAGUCUGAUCCACGUAGCUUACAUCAGCAGUUCAGUUGCAUGCUUGCCGCCAAUCAGUACUUUCUUUCUGGGGUCCCGACUAACAGCAGUCUGGAGCAGUUUCUGGUUCAACAAGGGGGUCAUAACCAUCUUGGCCUGGGUUUGGGCCAAGGAGCUAGUGACUCAAACUCAGCCCUUGCCCCACCUCCAGCUCUUCACUCCUCUCACAGUCAUAGUCACUCCACUCCCCAACCUCAACAGCAGCAGCAACCAUUGGCACCCCAUGCUUUAUCUCACCCUCACAGCCAUACCCACCCACACCAUCCUCUUCACCCAACACCUCAGCCGUCGUCUCUGGGUGGCUUUGAUUUCCAAGGUAUUCCAGUUCUCUCCUCCAAUCAGCUGGCUUCGUUGAUGCAACAAGAAGCUAGUGGUAUGCCUCUCCCUCUACCACUCCAUUUAUCACUUUCGAAAGAUGAAGGGAAAGGAGACAGUGGAUCUGGGUCUGGUGGAAGUGGUGGUAGCAGGAGAAAGAAGGCUAUGGCUGGCUACCUUCCUCAGAGAAAAGCAGAUGGCACUAGUCACAGCAGUAGCAGUGGUAGUAACUGCCACAGCAGCUCCACUGAACACAGUCAAAAUACAAUCAUUCAACCGGGCCUUGUAGGAGGAGCCAUAACCAGCCUUGGUAAUAACCAUUCAUCAGUCCUCUCUUCAUCAACACAGUCUUCCGCAACGGUCUCCUCUUCCUCCUCAGCCCCUUCCUCAUCCACAGCCUCGGUGCUGGUAGCUAAUGAUUCACAGCUACCUAAACCUGCAAAUCCCAUGGCCUCCAUGCCUUGUCAACCUGACCCUGAAGCCAUCUACCACUGUGGUGAAUGUGGAAAGACCUUCAGUCAUCUUACAAGCCUUCGAAGACAUCUCCGUAGUCAUGGUUUGACUUCUGAAGAUGCCAAGCCAGACACUUCAAGCGAAGACAAAACGUUCUGUUGCACCGAAUGUGGAAAGGGAUUCAAGAAAAGAGGGCACCUCCUCCAGCAUGGUGUUAUCCAUUCAGGGGCUCGUCCAUUUGCAUGUGGUGUCUGUCAACGGUCUUUCAACCGCCGUGAGUCCCUCACUAGGCAUGAGAAGAUCCAUGAUGAUAAGCCUUUCCGAUGCCCUGCUUGUGGCCGCUGCUUCCGAGAGAGCACCUCUUUGCUAAAUCAUGCUGCGUCUGGCACCUGUGGAAAGCCUGGAAGGAAUUCCCGGCCCAGACCAAGCGGUAGUGGUGAAAAUCAAAGCUCAUCAAGUGCAAGUAGCAGCAAAACUGAAAUGGUGGCUGGAGGCAGUGGUACAGGUGAUUACCAACGAGAUGGAGCGAGCAAAUAUGGCACGGAUUAUUCAAGGAACCGGCCAUCCUACCAACCAUCCUACAGUGUGGAUGACUACCGACGACAGCAGGCUAACCAAUCUUGUUAUUCUGGAGAGAGCUCCCAUAGCAGUGAGAUGUCAAGCCAGACACUUAGAAAAGCACCCUUGGCUCCUACCUUACACCCACACCCUCAAAGUCAACAACAACAUCUCCAUCAACAGCAGCCUCACCUUCCUCUUUCAUCUCUAUUGGAUGACUCUGAGGAUGAGGUCACUAGCAGUGCCAUGUCUGCAAUUGCAGCAGCUGCCGCUGCCUCCUGCGACAUAAGUACUGGCGAGAGUCGAGGAGAGGAGCGAAGAGACAUCAUUGGAGGUUUGCUUGGAGGACUUGGCUUUGGGAAUAUGGGAGUCUCACCAGGUGGUCCAUCAUCUACAUCUGAAAUCGACAAGACCUACAGAGCAGGUAGUGGCUCUACCAUGCCUUUAACCCAUCCAAGCCAGCAGAUGAUGAAUGCUAAACCGAAAAAGCCUCGCAAGCCUCGGCAGAAGAGAGAACCAGGACCUGAUGGAAUCAUAGUUAGACAAAGAAGAAGUCGUGGAGAGGGAGAACGGCCAUAUUCAUGUGGAGUAUGUGGUAAAGGGUUCAGGAGACGUGAGACCCUACGUCGGCAUGACCGUGUUCACACAGGUGAAAAGCCACACCGGUGUGAUGUUUGUGGGAAAGAGUUCCGGGAGUACUUCCAUCUUACUAAACAUUCCACUGUGCAUUCUGGGCAGAAGAACUACAAAUGUGACCUAUGUGGUAAAGAGUUUGCUUAUGCUCAGAGCUUGGUGAGACAUGGAAAAUUACACACAAAAGGAGAAUUGGAUGGUACACCAGGAGGGAAAAUUGCUAAGGGCCAUGGAGGGGUUAAUAAUAUAGAUGGAAAUCAAGCAAACUCUCAAUCUUAUUAUCCGUACCCUCAAGAUAAGUCUCAGGGAUCCAGCUCGUCCACUCAGCCCUCUCAGAAGCUCUAUACAUGCACAACAUGCUGGAAAUCCUUCCACCAUCAGUUCCACCUGACAGCCCAUCAACAAACUGUCCAUGGUGGUGGAAUAAGAGGUGAAAAGAAUUUCUGCUGUGAGGUAUGCGGGAAGGCUUUCGCCUAUUCUAACAGCUUGUCCAGGCACAGGCAAUCGCAGCAUGGAUUGGGCCGCACUGGUUCGGCAAACCCACCAGCUGGUGGAACCCAACAUCCUUCCCAAGCAGCUGAGUACAUCCCUCUUUUUGAAUCAGGCCACCCCUCAACUUAUCCGUCUGGCUCCUACAUGCCAAACCAAUCCACCCAAGGUCAAACCCGCCCUUUUCAGUUCCAGUCCCAAGAAGGAUGGGUUGGUGGCAAGAGAAAAAGAGAGAAAAAAAGGAGGGUUGAAUAUCAAAGUAUAAUGAGAGGGGGGCAACUAGUAGGGGUUGCCUUGAAUAAGGCCACGAGCAGGAGACUCAAACUGAUGAAGCGGAAAAAAGGAAUAAUGCAUGAGAAGCUUAAGCAAAAGAAACUGCUCGCCCAGCUCCUGAGAAUGAGAGGAGGGUAUCGAGUUAGACAAUGGUGCGGAGGUGUGGUUAAGGUCAGUGGGUUGUCAUCUAUGGAAGUCCCCAUAAAACGUUUUCCAUGCCAGUACUGCCCCAGCACCACAUUCGCCAGUCAGGCCAAACUUUUGAUCCAUCGUUGUGUGAGGCACCCUUCAAGAAAUAACGGCCACCGUGCCCGUCUGAAGUGCUCGGUCUGCGGAAAGCGUUCUCGGACGUUACGGAAAGCCCUCAUUCAUCGUGGACGUCACCUUUCCCAAGGGCGGUUCUCAUGUCCCAAAUGCCGCUCCCGCUUCUGGAAUGGAUCUCUCCUAGAGAGGCACAGGGUUGCUUGCCGGGGUCAAUCUCUCUUAGGCAGUGGAAGCUGGGGCUUGAACGUGAACUUGCCCCCAAGAGAGGUUGUUGAGAAGACAGCGGAAGAAGCGGUUCAGGAGGGCCAGCCUGGGAGAACAACAGUGGUGACUGAAUACAGCCACUAAUUAUUUUAUAGUCUAGGAUUUUUAAACUAAAAAGCAAGCAAGAACUAGCAAGUUUUAAAGAUGUGGGCAACAGGCUUAGUAGAAUUACCAUAUAUCCCAUUCAUACAAUCCUUACUAUAGCAGAGAUGUUUGUAAGAUAACAUGGACUUUUUAAAGGUCAACAUCAAAAGCACCAUCCAUCUGUCUUUGCUUCCCCAAAGCGGAGAGAGGAUUCUAGAUCAUGUGAGUGUUUCAGUAGCAUCUCUUUUCUUCUAAAAUGCAUUCAACCACAGUAUCAUUUUUGUUAGCUGUGUUUGGUCUGGGAUUAUGAAUGCAUACUAGUAAGAGUGAAGUACCAAAAGUACUGAUGUUUUAUGUUUUCUGUCAUUAUUCACAGUUAAACAGUAAUAGUAUUUGUCUUUUGUUCUGUACUAUGUGUUUUUCUUUUGUUCCCUGUAGAGAUUUUUUUUCUCGUACAGAUGUUUGGCCUGAAGCAAAAAAAAAUGUCUGGUAAGCAAGCCAGUCUAAGAAGCUAUUUGAACAGAUAAAAGAUAGUUGUCAAUUAGUCACUCCUGUUAUGAAACUUGACUCACUGAAUUGAAUAAUCACUUAGUGUAACUAGACGUAUCUUGUCAAACAAUCUGUAAAAUUGUGCAAAACUGGCUAGCUGAACAGGUUAGAAUGGAUCAGAAUGGAAUGAAAGAGACCAUUUUUCUGUACACUUCCAUCAUAUAUAGGGGAAAACAAUGGGACUUUGGUGUCAGGAAUGGAUAAUGGGAACAACCGGAGUGUACUGUACAAUUCGUAUUAUAUUUUAUUAUAUAUUGAUUAUUUGCUGUUUUUUUUUACUCCAAGUAUCAUUUAUUUUGUCAUUGUUGCUAUUGUAUGGGUGGGUGGGAAUAUGUUUUGGGACUAUCUUUGUAAAACAAUGGGAGGAUGAUGAAUAUAUGUAUCGGUGUGACAAUUUUUUUUUCCUUCCCUACCCCAUUUACCAACCCUAUGCUUUAGUUAAGCCCUAUCCCGUAACACGUGUACGGACACAUUGUUCAUUACUUAGGUCCUGUCUCCCAGUGUUUUCCUUUCAGUAAACUAAAACAUGAAAUAUUAUUACAAAAUAACUAUUGUUUUCUUUGCCUAAAGUGAAUUGUUGAAUCCCUAAAAAAUUAAAUAAAAAUUUGUAAAAAUGUCA